CAUUGGACGACGCAGCAGCCGAUACUGUUACAGAGAGAGAGAGUCACCUGCACUAGUUCACAUUUUCUUACAUCAAAAAAGUCAAAACCAUUUCUUUCAUAAACCCAUCGCCUCUCUCUCUCUCUCCGUUCUUGUUUCACUUCAGUCUUUCACACGCAGAAGAAGCGUCUCAACCUCUUUUCUUGGAAUGGCAGGCAGAGAUAUUCUCCAUAAGAUGAAGGCCGGGUUCUUUGGAUCGGCUCCUGACACGGGAAGAGGCAAAAGCAAGAUGUGGAAGAACAUCACCCACGGUUUUCACUUCGUCAAGGGCAAGUCAAGCCAUCCCAUGGAGGACUACGUAGUCUCCGAAUUCAAGAAAGUCAACAGCCAUGAACUUGGUCUGUUUGCCAUCUUUGACGGUCACUUGGGACAUGACGUGGCCAAAUACUUGCAGACUAAUCUCUUCGACAACAUUCUUAAAGAGAAGGAGUUUUGGAGUGAGACGGAUAAUGCUAUAAGGAACGCGUACAGAUCAACAGACGCGGUGAUACUGCAGCAGUCUCUUAAGCUUGGUAAAGGAGGGUCAACCGCUGUGACGGGGAUACUAAUCGAUGGUCAGAAGCUAGUGGUUGCUAACGUUGGAGACUCGAGGGCAGUGAUGUCUAGGAAUGGCGUUGCGCAUCAGCUCUCAGUUGAUCAUGAACCUAGCAAGGAGAGGAAAGAUAUAGAGAAGCGAGGUGGAUUUGUAUCAAAUAUGCCAGGGGAUGUACCACGAGUUGAUGGACAGUUAGCGGUUGCGAGAGCGUUUGGAGAUAAGAGUUUAAAGAUACAUCUGAGCUCAGAACCAGACAUUACGCAUCAGGCUAUUGAUGAUCAGACUGAGUUCAUCGUUUUUGCUAGUGAUGGUAUUUGGAAGGUAAUGUCGAACCAAGAAGCAGUUGAUGCGAUCAAGAGUAUCAAAGAUCCACAAGCAGCAGCGAAGCAUUUGAUAGAGGAAGCUAUAUCUAGGAAGAGCAAAGAUGACAUCUCAUGUAUUGUUGUAAAGUUCCAUUAGUCUCUUAUUCUUUGUUUUCCUUUUCAGAUAAUUUUGCUCUAUAAAUCAUCGCUUCAAGUUUGCAAGAUUAAGUUAUUUUUUCAAGUUGUCUGUAAAAUCAGUAAUGAUGUUUCCCAGAAGAUAUAAUUUAUUUAUGGUAGCAAUCUGAUUUAUUUU